AUGAGAGACGAAUGGCUCAUUCAACAAUCGAGGUGCCUGACCCAGUCAACCCAUGGCUCAAGCUCAAACCACAACGUUCAGCACAGCCGAAUUGAAAGUGAUACAGACCCAGAGAUAUCGGCAUUUGCUACAGUCACUGGCACAACAGAGCUUCUAGAAAUGAUACUCCUCCAUCUGGACUUGAGAUCUCUACUCAAGGCGCAGCAAGUGUGCCAACGAUGGAAACAGACCAUCGCCCUUUCUGUCCAGCUUCAACAAGCGCUCUACCUCCAAUCGGCAAAACCCAACAGUACAAAGCGCACAUCAAAUCCACUCAUCGAAGAGAUCAUACUACCACAAAUGCUGCUCAGAUCAAGAAAUUUCAUCAUCCCAGGAAAAUACCCAAACUUCGAACCAUGCUUCCGCAAAGAGGCGAGCUGGAGGAAGAUGCUCCCCCAACAAACACCCACGUCCACAAUCGGAGUGAUAGAGAUUGUGCGCCACGAGAAAUACAAAUUCACCAAGUUAGCAGUUCAGCCCGGGUCUCUAAGAAUGGAACACCUCAUCGACGCCAUGGAGAACGGCGUCCUCAUGCCCACACCCAACAACAGGGUGCUCUGGACGACUGUCGCUCGAUCUCUGAAUUUCGAAAUAUGGGGACAAAACUGGGUGCAAUCCAAGAGCCCUCUUCCCGAGGGUACCCCGUGGAUACCAGCCAAUAUUGACUGGGACACCCUGCGACUUGGCGUUGCGUCUAUGUGUCUGGAGCGGCAUGACUGCGAUUUUGUUAUUGUAUCGGAAUGGCCGCAACGUCUGUUCCAAGAUGACAUGUGCCCCUGCCAGAAGACCAUCCUGGAUCGUUGGUUGGAGGAUUCAUUUUGCCAGUGUGAGGUUGUGGUUGCUAGAGAAGAGGCGGGUCAUACAUACGCUUUCAAGGAAGGGAAUGUCCCGGUCCUGAGGCAGCUAUGCGAGCAAUGUUUUUGCCGGAGACGGUUCGCUAGGCGAUUGCUCAUUCCAUAG